CACAGUUAGACACAAAAGAUUUCUAUUCAUUUAUAAACACACAUGGUUUUCUUUUGCUUAUAUAAUAAUUCAUUCCAUUUCAGUUUCCCUAUAUAUAUAUACCACAACCGAGCCCCUCUUCUCUCCUCGCUGUACCUUACAACACCCACAAACUCGAAGCUCCAUCAAUGGCUAACUCUCUGCAUGUCAAGGAAGCUGUAGUUGUCAAGCCAUCUGAGCCAACCCCAGCUCGUGUUUUAUCUCUUUCUGCUCUUGAUUCUCAGCUUUUUCUGCGUUUUACUAUAGAGUAUCUCUUGGUUUACAAGCCUUGCCCUGGUUUGGACCAAGGGACCAUCGCAGCUAGGAUCAAGGCUGCAUUGGGUAGAAUCUUGGUUCCUUAUUAUCCUCUAGCAGGGAGAGUCAGGGCUAAGUCUGAUGGCUCUAGCCUAGAGGUCGUGUGUCGAGCUCAGGGUGCUUUGUUCAUUGAAGCUGUUUGUGAUAAUGCAAUCAACGAGUUUGAUAAAGCUCCAAGGUACGUCUCACAAUGGAGGAAACUCUUGUCUUUCCACGUGGCGGAUGUUCUUCAAGGUUCUCCUCUUCUCGUGAUUCAGCUUACGUGGUUGAAAGAUGGCGGUGCCACGUUAGGUGUCGGCUUCAACCAUUGUGUCUGUGAUGGGUUGGGGAGUACCGAGCUUCUCAACUCGUUAGCUGAGCUGGCCAUGAGCCAAUCUCGAUUUUCUGACCUGAAAACUAAACCCAUUUGGGAUCGUCACCUUCUCGACCCAAUAAAGCCUUGUCGUUCUUUCUCCUUGAGUGACGCCGAGUUCAACCGAGUUACAGAUCUCUGUGGGUUCUUAGCUCGCUUUGCCAACGAAAGACUCAUCCCUACUUCCGUUAUAUUCGAUAAAAGGUGGCAAAACGAGUUAAAGCGAUUCGCUGCGUCCAUGAGUCUCCCUGGUGAGUCGGCAUAUACGUCUUUCGAGGUAGUAUCAGCUCAUGUAUGGAGGAGCUGGGCUAGAGCUCUAAACCUACCAUCGAACCAAAUCUUGAAGCUUCUCUUCAGUAUCAAUAUUAGAAACCGAGUGAAGCCGAGUCUACCGAGUGGAUACUACGGCAACGCCUUCGUUCUUGGCUGUGCACAAACAACCGUUAAAAACUUAACAGAGAAGGGUUUAGGGUACGCAUCAACAUUGAUAAAGAGAGCAAAAGAAAGAGUGGACAACGAAUACGUGAGAUCGGUUAUUGAAUCGGUGAGUCGAACGAGAUCGGGUCCAGACUCAGUAGGGGUGUUGAUAAUGUCACAAUGGUCAAGGCUGGGGUUAGAGAAGGUUGACUUUGGUAUGGGGAGGCCGGUUCAGGUGGGACCCAUAUGUAGUGAUAAGUACUGCCUGAUUUUGCCGGUCCAGAAUCGGACGGAUGCGGUUAAAGUAAUGGUGGCCAUCCCUGCAAGUGGGGUUGACAAGUACGACUAUUUAGUUAAGAGUCCAUACUCGUGAGGAACAUUAGGAAAAAGCUUUUUUGGCUCAUCCGUUGACCUGUAAUAUCACUUUGACUUUUAACUUUUCGUUUGUCGCCGAUGAUUGGUGAUUCCGAGUACUUUUUUU